CUACAUGACGAUCUGCUGAAAAUGAUGGCCACUAACAAGCACUCCAAGCUGCUGGUCUGCGCGGCCGGUAUAUUCGUGUGCUACUUCUAUUUCGGCAUGUUGCAAGAAAAGAUAACCCGCGGGCAGUACGGCGACGAGAACAACAGGGAGAAGUUCACGUAUAUGUUCGCGUUGGUCUUCGUUCAGUGCCUGGUUAAUUAUGUAUUCGCCAAGACCAUAUUGCUGACGGUGAUGAAGCAGGGCGAGGACACCACGUCGACUCUGUAUUACUUCCUCUCCGCCUUGACGUAUUUGCUCGCUAUGGUGUGCAGUAACAUGGCACUCAAGUUUGUCAAUUAUCCGACACAGGUGAUCGCGAAGUCCGGCAAGCCCAUCCCUGUGAUGAUACUCGGUGUACUGCUGGGAAAAAAGGUGUAUCCAGUUAGAAAGUACCUGUUCAUCCUUCUGAUUGUCGUUGGGGUUGCGCUGUUUAUGUAUAAAGAUGGUGUAGUCGCGAAAAAGCAAUCGGAGGAACAAUCGUCAGUCGGGGAAUUGUUGUUACUGUUAUCGUUGAUGAUGGAUGGACUGACGAGUGCGGUGCAAGAGAGAAUGAGAGCAGAGCACAAGACAAAAUCAGGCCACAUGAUGCUCAACAUGAAUAUCUGGUCUGUUAUAUUUAGCGGCGUCGUGAUCCUCAUUUCCGGAGAACUCUCUGAAUUCAUUGGUUUCCUUCAGCGAUAUCCUUAUACCAUAUGGCAUAUAGGGACGUUUUCCAUAGCCGGGGCGUUCGGGCAAUACUUUAUAUUUCUAACGGUGGCUGAAUUCGGCCCGUUGCCGUGCUCAAUUAUAACCACCACCAGAAAAUUCUUCACCGUUUUAGGCUCUAUAUUGAUCUUCGGUAAUAAUCUCACACCUAGACAAUGGUUAAGUACGUUUAUAGUGUUCUCAGGUCUGUUUCUAGAUGCUACAUAUGGUAAGGAUAAAAAUAAGAAGGGAACUGCAAAUUAGGAUAUUGUGUAAUUACCUCA